AUGGCGUCGUCACAACCGCAAACCGUGCCAUGCGCCUACAAGACCGGCCGCACGCUCGGCCAGGGCACCUAUGCCGUCGUCAAGGAGGCCGUGCACAUCAAGACCGGCCAGUACUACGCUUGCAAGGUCAUCUCCAAGAAGCUCAUGGAGGGCCGCGAGCACAUGGUGCGCAACGAGAUCGCCGCUCUCAAGCGCGUCUCCCAGGGUCACCGCAGCAUCGUCACGCUCAUCGACUACUUUGAGACCAUGAACAACCUCUACCUCGUCACCGACCUCUGUGUGGGCGGCGAGCUCUUCGACCGCAUCUGCGAACGCGGCAACUACUACGAGAAGGAUGCCGCUCACAUCGUUCGCACCAUCACCGACGCCGUCGUCUAUCUCCACAACCAGGGCAUCGUGCAUCGCGACCUCAAACCCGAAAACCUGCUCUUCCGCGACAAGACCGAACACUCGGAUCUGCUCAUCGCCGACUUUGGUCUCAGUCGCGUGGUGGAUGACGAGAAGAUCACCGUGCUUUCCACAACGUGCGGUACACCCGGCUACAUGGCCCCCGAGAUCUUCAAGAAGACGGGUCACGGAAAGCCCGUCGACAUGUGGGCCAUCGGCGUCAUCACCUACUUCCUCCUCUGUGGAUAUACCCCCUUCGACCGCGAUACCACCAUGGAGGAGAUGCAGGCCAUCAUCAACGCAGACUACCGCUUCGAACCAAAAGAGUACUGGCAAGACGUUUCGGAUCAGGCCAAGCACUUUAUCAACCAGCUCCUCACGAUUGAUCCUAGCCAACGUCUCACCGCCAAGCAAGCGCUUGAGCAUCCUUGGCUCCAGACUGUCGCUCCCAACGCAGACGCUCCAGCGGCUACCGAUGCGCAGAAGGAUCUGCUCCCAGAUAUCAAGUCGGCCUUCAACGCAAAACGAACCUUCCGAAAGGCGGUCAACGGCAUCCGCCUCAUCAACAGGUUGAGAACAAACGAACACGUCCCCGACAAGGACGAAAUCGAAAAGUUACGCCAGUCCAUCCGAGAUGCAGAAGACGAAUCCAACAACCUCGAUCAAGUCAUGCCCUCUCAAUAG